AACAAAAGGGUGAUGGGAUUAUUUUACUGCAUGCACUGCUGAGCACUGCACUUUGACUAUGGAAACAGAGGCUAUUGAUGGCUAUAUACCGUGUGACAAUGAGCUUUCACCUGAAAGGGAGCACUCCAAUGUGGCAAUUGACCUCACCUCAAGCACACCCAAUGGACAGCAUGCCUCACCAGGUCACAUGACAAGCACAAAUUCAGUAAAGCUAGAAAUGCAGAGUGAUGAAGAGUGUGACAGGAAACCCCUGAGCUGUGAAGAUGAGAUCAGGGGCCAUGAUGAAGGUAGCGGCCUAGAAGAACCCCUAAUUGAGAGCAGCGAGGUGGCCGACAACAGGAAAGUCCAGGAGCUUCAAGGCGAGGGAGGAAUCCGGCUUCCGAAUGGUAAACUGAAAUGUGACGUCUGUGGCAUGGUUUGCAUUGGGCCCAAUGUGCUUAUGGUACAUAAAAGGAGUCACACUGGUGAACGUCCCUUCCACUGUAACCAGUGUGGAGCCUCUUUUACUCAGAAGGGCAACCUUUUGAGACACAUAAAGUUACACUCUGGAGAGAAGCCGUUCAAAUGUCCUUUUUGUAGCUAUGCCUGUAGAAGAAGGGACGCCCUCACAGGACACCUCAGGACCCACUCUGUGGGUAAACCUCACAAGUGCAACUACUGUGGACGAAGCUACAAGCAGCGCAGUUCACUGGAGGAGCACAAGGAACGCUGCCACAACUAUCUCCAGAAUGUCGGCAUGGAGGCCGCGGGGCAGGUCAUGAGUCACCAUGUACCUCCUAUGGAAGAUUGUAAGGAACAAGAGCCUAUCAUGGACAACAAUAUUUCUCUGGUGCCUUUUGAGAGACCUGCUGUCAUAGAGAAGCUCACAGGGAAUAUGGGAAAACGUAAAAGCUCCACUCCACAAAAGUUUGUGGGGGAAAAGCUCAUGCGAUUCAGCUACCCAGACAUUCACUUUGAUAUGAACUUAACAUAUGAGAAGGAGGCUGAGCUAAUGCAGUCUCAUAUGAUGGACCAAGCCAUCAACAAUGCAAUCACCUACCUUGGAGCUGAGGCCCUUCACCCACUGAUGCAGCACCCGCCGAGCACAAUCGCUGAGGUGGCCCCAGUUAUAAGCUCAGCUUAUUCUCAGGUCUAUCAUCCAAAUAGGAUCGAAAGACCCAUUAGCAGGGAAACCUCCGAUAGUCAUGAAAACAACAUGGAUGGUCCUCUCUCCCUCAUCAGACCAAAGAGUCGACCCCAGGAAAGAGAGGCCUCCCCCAGCAACAGCUGCCUGGAUUCUACGGACUCAGAAAGCAGCCACGAUGACCACCAGUCCUACCAAGGAAACCCUGCCUUAAAUCCCAAGAGGAAACAAAGCCCAGCUUACAUGAAGGAAGAUGUCAAGGCUUUAGAUACCAAGGCUCCUAAGGGCUCUCUGAAGGACAUCUACAAGGUCUUCAAUGGGGAAGGAGAACAGAUUAGGGCCUUCAAAUGUGAGCACUGCCGAGUCCUUUUCCUAGACCAUGUCAUGUACACCAUUCACAUGGGUUGCCAUGGCUACCGGGACCCACUGGAAUGCAACAUCUGUGGCUACAGAAGCCAGGACCGUUACGAGUUUUCAUCACACAUCGUUCGAGGGGAGCACACAUUCCACUAGGCCUUUUCAUUCCAAAGGGGACCCCUAUGAAGUAACAAACUGCACAUGAAGAAAUACUGCACUUACAAUCCCACCUUCCCUCAGAUGUUGACAUAUCUUUUUUUUUUUUAAAUAUUAUUACUGUCAUUAAUUCUUACUUUGUGGACGCAGUGUCGUUUGCUCUGCCUAAUUACAAUAAGGAAGAAACAGAGGAGAGAAGGGACAAGGGAUAUUGUUUCUUGAUAACUUGGCUUGUUUAUUUUGUGGGAAUUUAAGAGCAGUUCCAUUUCUGCCAUGCAUAAAUGUAAGGUAUAUCAUGCUUUGAGAAAAAAAUCACUUGAUUCAUAUAGAUUCACCUGAGAGAUUCUAAGUUGCCACUGAUGUUGAGGAUUAUGAUUGAAGGCAGGAAAGUUUAGAGUUUCUGGGUAGAACUUUUGCAGUUUAAAGUGGUAUAAGUAAUUUUACUCUUCAAGGAAGAAUUUUGUUUCAAAAUGUAAACUUUUUUUUUCCCCCUCUAUAGAUCAUGGAACACAAACACAUUGUUACUUUCAGUGAUAACUCCUUGGAUGAGUUGUUGUGGGUUCUAUGUUUACUUCCCCAAUGGAAUUUAUAAUACGAUAUGUUAUACACUGUACCAUAUAGGAAAACUUUUGAACUACAGGUAGUUAAGGACACCUACAAUACAUCUGAGGUCCUAUGAUCUUAUUUUUCUAAACUUAAGCACUGUUUUCCAUAGUUUUGAUGACUGGCAUUUUAUAGACACCCUGGCAGCCUUACUUUUAACACCUUUAAUGAAUAGAAUUUUUAUCUAGUUUUAAGAAUAACAUAUGGUCUAAGAGUGGCUAAGAGGCAGUCAG